AUGGCUGAUAACUCUCCGCAAGACCCUGCCGCGACGGCUGCCACUCAGCCAGAGGGCCACUUGGAAGUCGAUGAUAACUUGGAUGCCAACGAUUCGCUUUAUCAUUCGACAUACGAAAAUGGACGUCGAUAUCAUGCAUUCCGAGAAGGCACUUAUCCCGUGCCCAACGACGAAGAUGAACAAGAUCGUAUGGACCUCGUUCAUCACGUAUACAGUAUCCUUCUCGACGGAAAGCUCCACCUUGCCCCAAUUGACGACAAACUUCAACGCGUACUCGAUCUCGGCACAGGGACUGGCAUCUGGGCGAUAGAUUUCGCAGAGAACCCACCAAACUGCACCUUUGAAGUAGAUGACUACGAGGACGAGUGGCUCUACCGCACACCAUUCGACUUUAUCCAUGCCCGCGAGUUGGAAGCAUGUGUAGGCGACGAGGAUCUCAUGCUACAGCGAGCUUUCCAACAUAUACGCUCAAACGGCUAUGUCGAGUUACAGGGCGUAAACGCACGCUUUGAGUCUGAUGAUGGAACACUCGAUAAGGCACCUCAUGCCAAAUCGUGGAUGAAGCACCUCAUCGAGGCUUGUGCCAAGUUUGGCAAGCCUGUUGACUGCGCGGAUAAAUGGAAGGAUAGGUUGAUUAAAGCAGGGUUUGUGGAUGUUCAGCAAGAAGUCCGAAAGUUGCCUAUCGGACCUUGGCCGAAGAACCCGAGGCUUAAGGAACUGGGCAGGUAUCAGGCUAUCCAAGAGUCAAAGGUCAUCGACUCCUAUACGCCCAAACUGUUUGAGUACGCGCUUGGUUGGAGUACAGACGAGAUUCAGGUGUUGAUGGCAAAGGUUAAGAAUGAGCUACGGGACCCGGCUAUUCACUUGUAUCUCCCUGUUUAUUUUGUUUGGGGUAGGAAACCUUAG